AUGACCGCAGAAGUCCAGAUGGGCACGCCUCUGGCAGAGGCCAUCCAGAGCGUCGUCCAGCCCAAGCUCGCGGAAGUGGGCUGGUCGACCGGAGGCUCUGACGACACCGCUCUGUCGGAAUACAUCAUCCUCAUGCUGGUGAACGGCAAGACCCAGGAACAGAUCGCAUCCGAGCUCGCCAGUGACCUUCUGAGUCUGUCUCCCGACGACCCUGCACCAAGGGACUUCUCGCGAUGGCUUUUUGAGCAAGUCGAUGCGCUCAACGCCCAGAUCAACGGCGUUGGUUCCGCGCAAGGCACCGGCCAGGCUGUCUCAUCGCAGGCAAUGGAUGCUCAAGGGUCGACAGAAAUGAUGGGGAUGGACGCUGAAAUGGGUGACGCUUCGCAGUCCACAAUACCCACUGGCCCAAAAGCCAUGCGCAACGGUCAUCAGAAUCCGCGCGACAAGCGCAUGCUUGGCCACCUCAACAAGGCCAUGGACCGCUCAACUGACGCCGCUCUACACCGCGUAAGAGGAGGUGGAGGUGUUGGUCGUGCCAACGCGCAUGGCGGUCGUGAACCGCCCAAGGGACCUCGUCAUCAACAGAACCGCAGCAUGGCCAUCAUGAACGGCCUGAACGGCAUGCAACACAACGGCAUGGGCAUGCCGCCCGGCUCGGGCAACAUGAACAUGACAGGAAACCCGAAUCAGAUGAUGGACGCCUUCAAAAUGUAUGAGAACAUGUCUGCACAAAUGGCGCAGAUGAGCCAGAUGCUAGCGACGGCGGGAUACGCUCAGCCACAGCAACCCUUCAUCAACCCGGCAUUCCAGAAGAACCAGCGCGGAAAUGGCAAGUCGCUGUUUGACCGCGUAGACAACUCGGGACGCAGGAAUAACAGGCCUCAGCAAAGCAAGAGGCCACAACCGCAAGACAUGGAGAUGGGAGGUGGCGAACAAUCGGCUGCGAACGGCGAAGGAGGCGAUUCCAUGGAUGUGGAGAACAAAUCCGAGACCAAGGCCGCGUGGGACACGAUGUGCAAAUUCAACACUUAUUGCAAGAACCCGGAGUGCCCCUACGCGCACCAGACGCCGGCUGGUAACCCGGGCAUCACGGUCGACCUCAGCGAUGAAUGCACCUUCGACGUCAGCUGCAAAAACCACAAGUGCACAGCCAAGCACCAUUCCCCGGCGAGGAAGGCAGCGUUCCAGUCAGAGGUGCCAUGCCGAUUUGGUGUCAACUGCAAGAACCCUCACUGUGCCUUCCAGCACCCGCCGCCUCCUUGCCGUUUCGGCGAUAACUGCAAGAACCCAGAAUGCAAGUUCACGCACUUGGAAGUCAAGUGCAAGUUCAACCCGUGCAAGAACCCUCACUGCGCCUACAAGCAUGAUGAGGGCCAGAGGGCAGUCAACGGAUCCGGGAAUGAGCACGUUAGUGAGAGGAAAUUUGUUGAUGAGACCGAGGAGGAAGAGCUCAUCGUUCCCGGGAAGUCGGAUGGAAUGUCCGAAGGGCAGGAGACUCAGUCUCAGGACGUCGAUGUGGUGACGUAA